AUGUUCUCGUUCUCAAAGCUUGUCCUUUGCCUCUCUGCGGUCACCGCAGUUCUCUCCCUCCCUUUCAACGACACUGAGGUACCCGACCUCAACGAGCUCCUUCCGCGUGCUGGCACCCCAAGCAGUACCGGGUACAGCAACGGAUACUACUACUCCUUCUGGACCGACGGUGGCGGCACCGUCACUUACACCAACGGCGCUGCUGGUGCGUACAGCGUUUCCUGGAAGAACAGCGGCAACUUUGUUGGAGGAAAGGGAUGGAACCCCGGAACUGCCAGGACUAUCACAUACUCUGGCACCUUCAGCCCGAGCGGCAACGGUUACCUCGCCGUCUAUGGCUGGACUACAAGCCCUCUCAUCGAGUACUACGUGGUCGAGUCGUACGGCACGUACAACCCGUCCUCUGCCGCCACCAAGAUCGGCUCCGUCACCACUGACGGCGGCACAUACGAUAUUCUCAAGACCACUCGAGUCAACCAGCCUUCGAUUAGCGGCACAGCCACGUUUGAACAAUACUGGUCCGUUCGCACUUCCAAGCGCGUUGGAGGCUCCGUCAAUAUGGCAAAUCAUUUCAACGCUUGGUCUAAGCUUGGCUUGAAGUUGGGAACCCACAACUAUCAGGUUGUCGCCACGGAGGGAUAUCAGAGCAGCGGCUCAUCUUCCAUCACCGUGAAAUAG